UUCUGUCUGGAGGGAAGGGAGCUCGGGAACUACCGGACCCAGAGGGCCGCGCGCCGAGCGGAGCGGCUUUCAGGAGUUCCCCGCUAAGACUGGACCUCGAGCCGGGAUCCAGCAGCAGGGAGUGCUCGGUGCCCCCUCCCUAUGCCACCCCCGUGAUGCCCCUGUCCCGCUGGCUGAGAUCUGUGGGGGUCCUCUUGCUGCCAGCCCCCUGCUGGGCGCCCCGGGAGAGGUGGCUGGGUCCCCUUCAGCGGCCCUCCCUGGUGCACGGGUGCCCAGUCCUGGGGGCCUGGCACAGUGCCCGCUGCUGGUGCCAAGCGUGGACAGAGGAGCCUCGAGCACUUUACUCCUCCCUCAGAAUGAAUGGAGACCAGAAAUUGGACCCUUAUGCCCAAGCAAAGCAGGAUUUCAUCCAGCAUUUCUCCCAGAUUGUCAAGGUGCUGACCGAGGAUGGCGUGGGCCACCCGGAGACGGGAGACGCCAUUGCCCGGCUCAAGGAGGUCUUGGAGUACAAUGCGAUUGGAGGCAAGUACCAGCGGGGUUUGACUGUGCUGAUAGCAUUUCAGGAGCUGGUAGAGCCAAGGAAGCAGGAUGCUGAUAGUCUCCGGCGGGCCCUGACUGUGGGCUGGUGUGUGGAACUGCUGCAGGCUUUCUUGCUGGUGUCCGACGACAUCAUGGACUCGUCCCUCACCCGACGGGGGCAGAUCUGCUGGUAUCAGAAGCCAGGCAUAGGUUUGGAUGCCGUCAAUGAUGCUUUGCUUCUGGAAGCCUGCAUCUACCGCCUGCUGAAGCUCUGCUGUCGGGAGCAGCCCUAUUACCUGAGCCUGAUUGAGCUUUUCCUGCAGAGUUCCUAUCAGACCGAGAUCGGACAGACCCUGGACCUCAUCACAGCCCCCCAGGGCAAUGUGGAUCUUGGCAGAUUCACUGAAAAGAGGUACAAAUCUAUUGUCAAGUACAAGACCGCUUUCUACUCGUUCUAUCUUCCUGUGGCGGCUGCCAUGUACAUGGCGGGCAUCAGUGGGGAGAAGGAGCAUGCCAAUGCCAAGAAGAUCCUGCUGGAGAUGGGGGAGUUCUUUCAGAUUCAGGACGAUUACCUCGACCUCUUUGGGGACCCCAGUGUGACAGGCAAGAUUGGCACAGACAUCCAGGACAACAAAUGCAGCUGGCUGGUGGUUCAGUGUCUGCAGCGGGCCUCUCCGGAACAGCGUCAGCUCCUUCAGGUGCCCGGGAGGCCGCGGAUCGCCGAGCUCCCAGGAGCGGGCCAGAGCAAGGACGUCAGCCGGGAGAAUUACGGGCAGAAGGAGGCGGAGAAGGUGGCCCGCGUGAAGGCGCUGUACGAGGAGCUGGGCCUGCCCGCCGUGUUCACGCAGUAUGAGGAGGACAGCUACCGCCACCUGAUGGGCCUCAUCGAGCAGUGCGCCUCGCCCCUGCCCCCCGCCAUCUUCCUGGCGCUGGCGCACAAGAUCUACAAGAGGAAAAAGUGACCUGCAGACUGCGUGGGCGGGAGGGGGCCUCUCAAUAAAUUGUCGAAGCUG